UAAGUCUACGUGGACUGUGGACAACUAAGAUGAUCGAUUUUUCAAGGGGACCGUCUCGACAUGAUUUCAUUAAUUUAUGUGCGGUAGGAAAACAUUCCUAUAAUAAUAGUAAGGUCUGGCUUAUUAUUCCACCACACAGGAUAAUUAUUGGAUUUGUCUGGCCGUCUGUCUGUUCGUCAGAGAAAUGUUUUGUUACAUAUAUCGCUAAAAGAAUUUGAUCUAACGUCAUAACACUUUCCUGAAAUAUUCAUCAAUAUUAUAAGAUGCGCAUCUGAGACAAAGUUGAAAAGAUGAGCUAGUCUGAUCGCAAUGCAUUCGUCGUCGUCGUCCGACAUGUAAAAAAUCUAAACUGGGUCAGCUGGUAUCAAAAUGUAGGUCAGCAAGUUAAACAUUGUCAAAACUGUAGAAAACUUAAUAUUUUGCGUCUCCAUCCCUUUGUUGUUAUUAUACACCCUAAGGGACGUAUUUUGUUAUACCCUCGGAGUGGGGUAUGAACUCUACCAUUGUAUUAAGUAACAACUUCGUACCUUCAAUACUUUUUGGUUUAUCCUCUGGACAAGAGGUGUGACGGACGGACGAACGGACGGACAAGGUGGCGACUAUAUGCUCCCCCACUUCGUGGAGCAUAAAAAAUGGAAUCAAGAAUAUUUACAAAGCUUUUCUUUGAUCUAAGCCAAGAUGAUCCGAUUUCAAACUUAUGCCUAAGUUCCAUUGCGACUUGGCUAAAAUUUUAACCUCUACAGUGUUAACAGUGAAAUUUUGUACGGCGGAUGACGACGGACGAAGGACACAGUGCAAUUUGAGCACUCAGAUGAUCUAAAAAGUCGGAUGUGCAACUCCUAAUGUUAAAUAAUAUUCCUAUACAAUUUCAUGACUGUUACGCUCGUUCAAUACUUUUGGCGAUAUGUGUAACACAACUUUUCUCUGAUGGACUGAAAAACGGAAAACUACAUACUGUCCAUACCACUAAGGAUUAGUGUGUUCAUAAUACGCCAUUUUAAUUCGAGUCGUACGUUACAUACUGAGGACAGAAGUUUUCAAUCAUUAUAUAUAAUAGGGUUAUUAUAACAGUAGCUAGAUCUUGGAUGCAGUUUCGGUUCGAGUGGAUUUUGCCAGAUCGGAUCUCACGAGGCGCGCAAGCGCCGAGUGUGAUCCGACCUUGCAAAAUCCACGAGAGCCGAAUACAAAGUCCCAGAUCUAGCUACUGUUAUAAUGACCCUUUUAUUAUAUACCUUUACCAUUUUGAUUCUUGUUUUGUUCUUGAACGAAAUCUUCAAUGUUUAUCGAUAUUAAAUUGAACUUUGUUAAGUUUUUAUGUGCGCUAUUUAUAGAAAUGUGUCAGGUCAUGCAUAUUAAUGAAAAUAGUCCGGCAGCAUACAAUACAGAAGGUACAAUACGGAAUUUUAAAGGUACAAUACGGAAUUUGUGUCUGUCUGUUCAUAUUUAAUUGUGAAAUAAAAGCCGAUUUUUUGCAGAAUUUAUAUAGGUAUAUAAUAAAAAGAAGUAUAUGCUAGACUGCCUUUAGCCAAAUAUGUUAUCCUCGUUAAAUAAAGUUAUUAUUAUAAUUAUUAAUAUUAUAUCACCAUCAUCAUUAUUAUUACUAUUAUAAUUAUUAAUCAAAAUGAAAGUAAGAGUUAUGGCACCCAUGUUAUUCAGUUGGUUUUAUUAUGGGGAAGAUAUAAAUUAAGUUUCACUCAGUUAUCAUGGUUAUAAUGAGUUAUAACUGAGAUAUCGUUAAACACAAGGUGUUUACAAAUGACGCGCCAACGGGUAUAUUGUCAAUAAAUGAAAAGUAUUAGCAAUUUAGAAAUGCAAGUAUGAUUCAGUUUGUUUAUAAUUUAAGAUGAAAACGAGAACAAAUAUGCCCAAAAACAAAAAGAAAAAAGUUUUUGUCUGAUAUGUAUACUACCUUUAAGCAUAACGAAGCAACACGUCAGCCGUGGAUACAUUGUACUUUUAUCAUAAAAAUUAUUACAACAUCUAUAGCUCAUUUUAGGUAAUCAAAACAGCAAUGACACACGACCACCUACAUAUUUCAAUUUCUUGACAAACGGCAAAGUAACAAAGGCCUCUGAUCUGACAGCUCUACAGAUACACUGCAGUAAUUAGGCGUACAAUCAUUGGUAUUGUACAAAGUCUACUAUAAUGUCCUUUCUCAGAAGUUUUCUGAUGGUUAUUUUGUAAAUCUGUUAAGAUAGUGUUUAAGAAAUUCAAAAAUUGAAUUGCUUCUUUAAAAGGAAAGAUAAUGACACAGUAAAUUAAUGUAAAUCAACUACACAUUGCUUAUUAUAUAAUUGACUAAAAUAAAGAUCGUAACUACUUAUGUAAUGAAACUUCAAAGUAAAUGUAAUUAAGUAUCAUUUUACAGACUGGUGUGAUACAAGAACGCAAAUAAUGAACUGGAAAUUAAUGGAAAUCAUUUCACAAGGACGUAACAGACAUGAUAACUGGCACGCCAGGCACAACGUUUUAUCUCUCAAAAAUAUCAGUUUUUAACAUACACUGUUAUACUCUGGUAUAAAUGAGCAUAUACAUGUGUAAAAAGGCUAUAUGUCAUCAACAAGGUGAAACUACGUUAUGCAUAUGUGCUCUGACAAUUGUUACUUUAAAACAAUAUAUCUUUCAAAGAUUGGUCUACUGAAAUAAUACAAAACAGCUGAAAUAAUUUCCUGUGUUACAAAAUCUUUGAAAGCAUUUUUGUUUUGUUUUCAGACGGACAAUUGAUUAUUUAACUACUUAUUUGGCUACUUUAAACUAUUCAGACAAUAAACAUGAAAAUCAUAUGUUUGGCAUUAGUUCUUUUAUCUAGCGUUUUGGAAAGUAUUUGUGAAGAUUCAAGAUGUGGAUCAGAUAAAUGUUGUUCACGAUUUGAACAAGACGUCCAGAUCUUCAAGAGGCUGUCUGAGAUCGAGGAGAAAGAAACGUCAUUACAAGAGAGCAUAAACUCACUGCAGCGUCUGGUAAAUUCACAACAGAGUUUGAUAAACUCUCAGCAAGCAUUGAUAGCAGAGUUGCAACAAAACCAACCUCAAAAUAAAGAUGCCAUGUUCCCAACAAACGUCAUUUUCCAAGCCACGAGCAUAAGUAAAGAUACGUUAGCUGAUGGCCAAACUAUCGUUUUCACUCAAAUCAAAACAAACAAUGGGACUGGAUACGACAACACGUCGGGCAUAUUUACUGUUCCGACAGAUGGAGUUUAUCUGUUUUCCCUUCAACUAUGUAUAGAGAACGUCUACUUUUAUUUCGACAUCACCACAGACGCCAGGUUGCUACUGAGUGGGAUAUUCACCGACGAGAAACCGCAGUUGGCAAGUUGUCAUACUGCAAGUACAGCUGCAACAUUGAUGAAAGACGAACGCGUAUUUGUUAAGUAUCGUAAAAAGAGCUCACAUAGAACCGGCCUUUGGAGUAGCAAUACUGAAAGACAAACAUUCAGCGGAGUUUUGAUUUACAAGUAAACCGAUGUUUCUGCGUAUGAAUGCUUUUUCUUGUAACUUAUAGUUGUCAUAUAUUUAGAAACCUGAUUGUGGGCAGUUGUUUUGUCUAUUGGUCGGCAUGCUAUUCAAUUAAUAUAUAUUACUAAGAAACAUUUAGUAUCAUUACUGAUAAUAUCAUUGACACAUUCUAUUAUAGAUGUACACUUUACAGAAUAUUUCAUUAAUAUCUCUUGUCUUAAAGGGAAUUCCUAUAGUUUUUUAUGCGCAUCUUUCUGCGCAGCCGACACUUUCUAUGGAAAACUAAAAUGAAGUCAAGAUUUGUUGAAACAUGUGACAGACAACCUUAAAUAUGAGGAAUCUUGAAUGAAAUAACAUUUUUGAUUAAGUUUUAUCAGUAAACAAAUGUUAAUACUGGUUUAUGUUGUAUAGACAAGUAUCAUGCCUGCCAGGUAUCUUGCCAUUUUUGUGGUUGUGUUUUCACAUCGCAUUUUAGUACAAAGACAGUGUUGUUCAUAUAAUGUAAGACAAUUGACUUAGUACUGAUAAGACAAUAUCACCUUUCAGAUCAUUUACUAUUCAAUAAUAGAAAGAAUUAAGAAUUUUUAAAACAUUUUUUAACUUCUAGCAGUUAUACAUGUAAUCAAUUUGGUCAGGUUCGCGCCAUUUUUCGUCCGAACAGGUGUUUUAUUUAAGCGGUCUUUACAUAAAAUUUAGCCUGGUGACCCAUCCAUUUUUAGCCAUUUUUAUUCUCACAAUACAAUUAUUCAUACACAAGAAAAAUAGGAAAAAAUUCUAUGAAACAUUUUUUUCAAAAUUUAAAAAAAUAUUCUUCACUAUAGGUAUUUUUCAUUGAAAAAAGUUCACAAAAGUAAAUAGGAAACAAGAUUUAUAUUUCAUUUGUACCCUUUAUUGUAAGGAUAUAGUAUUAGAAAUAUGACUAUGAUAUCUAAUAAGUAUAUAAUAAAAUCUGUAAAAAGAAUCAACCUUAUUGUGCUGUCUUGAUGUAUAUUUUGGUUGGUAUUUAUAAAAAAAGCAGAAAAUUAUGAAAACAUUGAAAAAUCGCUGGAAGUUUCAGCAACACUGGGUGUGUUCAAGACAAUUUUUCACAAAAACAAGCCUGGUGACCAUUGCUUUUAUUUGUUCAUUGUUUUCAGCACAAAAUUUCCUAUCAUAUAUUUGAAUUUGAAAAAAUUCUAUGAAAGGAAAAAAACUACAGGAAUUCUCUUCAAGCUAUAUCUAUCUAAUUACAACUGCUAUAAUAUCGGUUACAAAUAUACAAGGUUAUUUUAUAACGUUUUCGCCCCACUUAUAAUAAAACGGUCUUAACACGU